AUGGCGGACCAGCGCAGCGCGGUGUGGACCGCGCGCAUUCGCGACGCGAAGCAGGUGCUCAACGAGCUACGAGCCGGCACGAGCGCCGCCUCGCCGCAGCGCACGGACCAGGAGCGCGCCAGGUUUUUCGCCAUGCAGCGCCGUAAGCUCCAGCGGUUCGAGGACCUAAUCGACGACCUCGAGGAUCUCACCGCCGACGGCGAUCCGACCACCGCGGAACGCGAAGAUCGCGACGCCGCGGUCGAGGCGAUGAGAGCCGAGGCGAAGCGACUCGCCGACGGCAUCAAGGCCGCCGCCGCAGCAGCAGCCGCAGCAGCCGCAGCAGCCGCAGCAGCCGCCGCGAACCCGCCCGAAUCCCCCGCGGGGGAGGCCGCGGGGCGGGCUAAUCCCGGCGGCGAGGCAUCGGCAUCCGGCGGCGGAGACGCGACGGACGAUGGGACGCAUGGCAACGGGUCGCUCGCGACGUUGGGACGCAUGGCGGACGCCGCGAAGGCCUCCGUCGCGGGCGCCGUCGCGGGCGCCGCCGCCGGGGACCUCGGCGGCAAGAUCGCGGAGAAGCUUCGGGUGUCGGAGGUUGGGGACAAGCUCAAGGACGCGGCUGGCGCCGUCGGCCUCGCGCGAAGGGACGACGGCGAGACGUCGACGACGAAGGGCCUCUCAUCCAAGGAGCUCCUCGACGUCCAACGCGCGCAGAUGAACGCUCAGGACGAGACGCUGGAGAAGCUCAUCCCGCUCACCGAGAAGCUGAACGACACCGCGGGGAUGAUAUGCGACGAGGUGAACCUGCAGUCGCGGAUGGUCGAGGACCUGGGGCGCGACUUUCGGCACACGCAGGAGCGGCAGAAGAAGCUGCGGAAGCAGGGGUUCAAGCUGAGCGGGCAGAAGAACGAGGAGGAGAAGGAACGCGCGGAGCGCGAGGAGGCGAUGGAGGAGCUGAGGAAGCAGGUGACGCUGCAGCAGGUGCAGAACUCGUACGAGCAGGAGGAGGAGGAGGAGUCGGGGUGCGUCGUCAGUUGA